AUGUCGAGACGAGGUGGCCGGCAAAGGCAGCGGCGGUCUCGAGCUCGAGCCGCUACUUCUCCCAGUUUCCCGGCCUGUAACCUGCCGGCUGAGCCGCAGGGCGGACACCGGCUGGUGUUUAAAGCGGCUAUGAUCACCAUGUUGCUCCUUGUAACUGUGACUACGGUGGUUACUGAGACCGUCACAGUUCAGUGGUACUACAACAACACGGCUGCAGAUACUACAUCUGCCCACCUUCCCCCGUACCGAAGCUGGGGAUACAGUACAGGGACGGAUCCCGAGGUGGCGCACAACACCAGGAAAAUGUUCCCGGUAAAGCCCGUAUUUGGAGACGACCCGACUCAGAUUCCCGACGAUGUGAUCACUCGUGAUGCUCCCCCAACACCACCUAUUCAGGGGCCAACCGUCUUUGGAUGCACCGUGCAGGAGGAAAUUGACGGCAAACCGGAUAUACUCAAGUCCUGGGCCUUCAUGACGACAGAUCAGCGCAACGUGUACCUCGCCAUGGCGCGGCUUCGCAUCAGGAAGCACUUCUACAAGGUUCUCAACCGCGAGUUUGAUCCUAAGAUGACGGCCGCCUCUUACAAGAUGACCCAGUCUGUUCCCGCCUGUAAGAUGACCCAGUCUGCGGUGAAGCCGGACACAUCAACUGAUGAGAAAACAAAGGGCGAGAUGGAGAAGACGGAGAUGGCUACAGAAGGCAAGGUGUGGGUGGAGAACGCCACAGAAACGUCGACGAAAAACGCGACAAGCCACGAUGGGAAGCAACACAUGAUCGGGGGUAUCGAGCGGGUUGAGACGGUCGCAUUUACGGUGUUUGAUUUGGUGGUGGCGGCGUCGGUGGCCUACAGCUACAUCUGCACGGCACAGAUCACUUAAGUCAGAGACAGAUCCACACGUGGUUGGAACCGAUAUGUAUAUUUUUAUGUUGUAUGAGUAUGAGCUUCUGAUGAAGUUAUACUUUUAAUGAAAAAAAAGGAAUACCCCUGCCAAGAAAGCAAGCCUACGACAGAUGC